CGCUGUAAGCAAAGGGGUUCUCAGUGUUUUGUUAGUAACGUAAACAAAAUAAAAACAGAUUCAUGGAAACGAAGCCACCAAAAAUGUUGUGAAGACAACGCUUACGAUAAGUCGAGCACCAAUGGGCUAGAAAAAAUAAGGGUAAACUUUAAAUACAUGUACAAAACGCAGGCAGCAGUGUUGCUGAUUUUCUGUAAUUCCAUUUAGAUGAUGAGUGACAACUGCACUUGCGGGAAUAGCGGGGAGGUAGGAAAAUGCGUCCGCUGUACCUCCCCUGUGCAGCCUACAGAUCUGAGUCUGAAAUGUCCGUCCAAGAAACUGCGGCCCAUACCACCGCCCCUCGAUCUGGCUGGUCAUCCACCCAAUGCGCUGAAGGAGUUUGCAAUAAUUGCAACGAGCCCAAAAAGCCCACUGAUGCAGAAGAGUUUACCAUUUCGUAAAAGGGCAUACAGCUUUUCAUGGAAUUCAGAUGUCACCCCACCACCUACUCCACCACAGCAGCCAGCACAAGCCAUUAUUACUGCCACCACAGUAAAAGUGGAGCUGCCUGCAAGUCCAAGUACACAGCAGGCCCAGAGCUCAGUUCUCAUGAGCCCAGCAUCCCUCACCAGCAGCCGUGAGGAUCUCCAUUCUUGUCCAUGGCCUGCUCCAGUGUGGCACUGCUUCCAGCCAGGAACACUAGUGCGUUUUAGUGGUGAUACAACAUGGCGACGGGCCGAGGAAAUUUCGGGCUAUCGCUGCGAGUGGCUACGCCUAGAAAUGGCAGCUGAACAAGAACGGACACAAGAUGGUGUGUCUACUGUACUUGCAUUCCGCUGGGAACGAGGUGAUCUGACUGCUCGAUGUUCUCGUUUACAAACAUUUUACACACAUCAUAAAGGUUGGUGUGCUGUAUGCCCAGAUGAAGUAUUGCAUGCAUACAGUGUAUCGUGUCACCUAUUGGAACCAGGAGAUAUAUGUUUACCACCUCCAAGAAACAGCUCCGCAUCUGUUGGCAGUAGCUGGCCAGCAGUAACAGUGAAAUCUCCAGAUAUAUGUGACAGUUUUCGAAGGUUUAGUUUUCCUCCUGAGGAGUUACCAACAAGUAGGCACAAACUAGUGUCUCCAAAGCCAGUGCCAGUACCUUCCAUAGCAGUGGAAAUCUCAUCUCCAGUGCCCUCCCCUGCAGCUGGACCAGAAACAGAGCGGGCAAAACGUCCUAUGAAUGCAUUUAUGCUGUUUGCCAAGCGUUACAGACUUGAACUUAUACAGUCGCACCCAGGCAAGGACAAUAGGGCAAUCAGUGUACUUUUGGGAGAGGCAUGGCGUAGCAUGCCUGCUGAGGAGCGUCAGAAGUUUGUGGAGGAAGCACGACUCCUGGCCCAGGAGCAGAAGAGGCGCCACCCUGAUUGUUGGAAGCGUAAGCGGUCUCAUUCCACCAGUUAGCGAUGUUCCAUAAAGUAUGUACAUUUGCAUUUAUUUACUUGUGCAUUUAAAAACUUGAAGCACCCCAUGAAGGAAUGGUUGGCUAUAUCAGUUUUCUGUGGGCAUUAUGCUGUUCGAUAUUUUCUGUCAUGACAUAACAUACGAGACAGUGAGUGUGGUGUGAUCCAAGUUACCCUUUAUGCAGCCUCUCGAAUUUUAAUAAAGCAGUAAUAUUUUUAAGAAAAGAAGUGUCUGCUGGAAUGCUGUUAUAGUUAAAAACAAAUGUUUCAUCUUUGUCAGCAGUUAAACACAUUAUCAAAAAAAUGAAAUGUCGUCAAAAUCUUUGCAGGUAACAUAAAUAUUCUGAAUGACUUACAUAGAACAAUAGAUACUUGAAAACAAGGAAACUGAAUGGAAUAUUCUCAGCUACUUCGUCAGACCUGAUGACUCUGUAUCCUACAUAUUAAAUGUUGAUGACAUUUUUUCCCGAAUGUGUGCAAAUCAUUACAAGAUUAUUAUUGGUAAGCCCUUAGGCAUUUUUUGCACUUUAUAGUCCUGCUCAGCAAAUAUUGUAAAUUUAUUUGCAUAAGUUCAUCUACAUGGGGAGAAGGACAGAAAGACACCUGAAAGUUAAGAAUUGAAAUCAGUGAUAGUCUUCAAAGUAAUAUUCUUUUUAAGAAGAUCAAAUAAUGAUGAACAGAUCCAGAAAGAAUGAAUUCAUUCAUAACAUUGGUGGAAAGGAGGUGUAAAGAAAGAAAACUGAGUAGGAAAUAAGAAAACGGUAAUGUUUUAUGGAAUGAAAGAAGACAUUAGUAGGUGAGACAACUGCACACGAAAGAGGUAAGGUGAAGCUGAAGGAAAGAUGAAACAAAUUUAAAGAUACAUGAAAAUGAUGGUAACUAUUUUAAAACCGUGGCACCUUUUAGCAAAUACUCAUCAAUUUCAUAAUUAAGUCAUCAAGAUACAAACUACAGACUGUCUUCUUCAGACUGUUACCUGUGUUGUCACAAAAACACAGUGCACAUACUAAUAAGUCAAAUGAAGUUUCACCAGAACUUGCCUCCAGGAGGUGCAGUUUCCAGUGUUACAAGAGAACAAUAAAAAAUUAGUCACAGCACUCCUUGAUUUCAAAGUACGGCAUUUUUCUUCAGGGAGGAGGAAAAAUAUGGUUGGAAAAUGGGAUGUCCUGGCACACAAAACAAAACUCAAAUUACAAGGAAUCGAUAUCUUAAUAUGUUAGUAUAUCUUUUGACAAAUUAGUCCAUGUGGCACUGUACUGUAGACACAUGUGCUUAUGUAUCUGACCCAAAAUUAUUUUAUUCCUGGUGUAAAAAUUAAUAAUAUUCUCAUUUACAGACAAAUAAAAGUUAACUGUAAAUUAAGAAACUUGUAAUUGACAAGAUGUAAAGCUGUCAGUAAAUUUUGUAACAGACCCUACUUGAAAUACGUUUCAGCAAACUGCACUAAUUUUUUAUUCUUCCUGUAAAAGUGGUUAAUGUGAUGUAUAGCUCAGUGAGACAUUCAAGUACAACAAAAUCCAGUGUGCUGGACAGCAAACGAAUAUAAUGGAGUUCCUACUACGUUCUACAUUUAUUUUUAGGUAAGAUUACCGCCACUGUUAAUAUCAGUUGAACACUGGACCGUAAAUCUCUAAACCAGGAACUUGUCUAAGAAGACUAGUAAAAGGAUAUAUAUAUAUUCCACCAGAAAUGAUAACAUGGUACAUAUAAAAUAAUCAUCCCAGAAACAUUAUUAUUUAUUCACCAUUGGAUUAUAGGUAUAUUUCUUGUGUGAAUGUUACGGUCAUCGGGAAUCACUCUUAUGAUAUAAGAAUCAAAAUAUGAAGAAAAGGAAAACCCUCACCUGCAUAUGAAUAAUGAUUGCCAUAUAACCACAUUGACAGAUCAGAAAAUGAUACUGGGUUUUGAGCUAUCACCAUUGUAUUUAUGUUGUAAUAAACAGUAGCUGUAAUUGUCGGGAAAGAUUAAAGGGAACUAAGGACAAAUAUUGCAGCUAGUGGGAAGUACAUUUAGACACUGUGAAACAUUCAGUUGUCAAAUGCUAAAAAUAAUGAACUGCAUUGGUGAGGUGGUGGUGAUGGAAAAAAUAUGUCAGUCGGCCCACUGGACAUUGAAACCGAAUUAGGUGACUACAAAGACUGCCAUAAGUGCAAAACUCCCAUCUUGCAAAAAAGGAGUAAAGUCUAGCAGUGGUACCGUUUAAGGAUUAUAUAAGGAAACCAGUAAGCAUGUUAAGGAAAGCCAUUGUUUUCUAACUUUACUUUCAUUUUGGUGAUUCAGUUCUUUCUAGUCAAUAAAACUCAACUUACUGGAACAAACAUUAUCAUCUAAAACAAAUUUAAUAUCAUCUUGUAAAUGAGAUAUAAUCUAAGAUAGUGUACAGGUUCUUUGAAAUGGCACUUGAUUGCAUGUCAAGCAUGAUCUUUAGUUGUAAAAGUAUUGGUAGACAGGUUAGAGGUAAUAACCAAGAGAAUAAAUUGCAUUCACAGUGCCAUUUUUAUAGUGAAAGAAAAAAAUAUGGAAGUCAUAUUUCAUUGGGUACUUCUUGGAAUACUGUGCUGAUCUGUGGCCAAUAACUAUCUUAAUAAUACCAGGACUGCAAAUGGCUUUUACUGUUAAAAUUUUUGAAGAAGGGAAUUGACUCAACUCAGUUUAUUUUCACAGCAUGUGUAGAUUAACUGAAAAUUUGCAAUGAGGUGUGCUCCAGUGCUAUGAGGAAUUUGUAUUGCACUAAAAUGAAUAACUUAAUUCCAGUCGAAAUAGAAGCAAGGAACAUGUGAGCUGAUGAGAAGACAUAUAGUAUGCCCUUGAUAACUUAGCAUUACUCUCAAUGAUAGCAUACCAAGAAAGAAGAGUAUUAUUUAAAAAUUUUACAUGUGCUGAAGCUGCCAGAGUAAAUUUAUGCAGUUGUCUCAAAGUUUUGUCAGAUACAUGUCUUUGUUGCUUCUUUCUUCAAGGGAACUACACAAGCAGUGUGUGUAUGAACCUAUGUGAACUGUUAUUCCUUUGAGAAGGAAAGAAAGAGGUAAAACCAUUGAAGUGGACCUGUAAUUGUAAUGUCCUAACUCUUGUAAUUUAUCACCAACAGCAUUUCUUUCCCGUUUCCUAUCUCUUCCUUCAGUUCCCUGAGGAAUCAUUCAUAGCUGUUCAGCAGACAUUGCAAUGUUAUAUAAUUGUUAGGUAAAUACUUGACACUGUUAGCAAGCUGUUAUAACAAUGAAAAUAAUCAAUUAUUGGCUGUAUAAUGUAAAUGGAUAGAUAAAAAUCUACUCACCAAAUGGCAGCAGGGCUCCCCUGCUGCCGUUUAGUGAGUAGAUUUUUUAUCUAUCCAUUUACAUUAUAUUGUUAGCUGUGUUGGCUAUCAGAAUGUCUCCACUCCCAUUGUAAUUUCAUAUUUUGGAACAGUGCUUGAAAGGGUUUAUGUUGAGGAUUUUAAAAUACUUUCCCCCAUUUUUAAAUUCUGUGUAGCUUCUCAGUGGAUACUAUUCUACAAACAGCUAAACUGAUGUAGCCAUUCCAUUUCUAAGGAAUGAAUUAGUUUGAAUAUAUUAUUCCAUGACAAAGGUUUUUCUGAUGUACCUCCAGCAUUAGAAAUGUGUAAGCUGAUAGUAACUAUUUGCUGCUGCAAAUGUUCUCGGAACAUACUGUAAUGUCUUCCUGUUGCAACUAGUAUUCAGAUUGAGAGUAUAUGAUAAUUUGACACACCUGUCAAUUUUUUUACUUUUAAAUAUAAAAAAUAUCAAUUCAUUGAAAGUUAUUUUAAAUUAUCAACAGUCAUACUGUUAUAUGCCUAAGAUCUUACUUACCUCGUGGAAUUAAAUAUGAAGUAAAUGAAACACUGUGUGAAUGCUAGUUAACGUACAGAGUCUGGUAUUAUGUCUGCUUAAGGCCCGAUUAUUCUCAAGCAAUGCUUUUCAGAAUGUGCUUUUAGGGAAAAAAAAAUCAAGUUUAUCAACUUAGUUAUCAUUCUUUAAAACUGAGUUGGAAACUGGAUACUAUGCCUUUUUAUUUACCACAUUUUUAAUUUAUGUGACAAAGAUGUUACAAUACCUCCAAAUGAAACUGACUUUACAUUGAUGUCUCAUUUUUCCUUCAUAUUUUGAAGGUACAAGAGUGUACUUUUGGAAAUCAGACCUCAAAAAUGAAUUUAUUGUCAUUGUAACUGAUCAAAUUCAGGAUACCUUAAUUUUAUAAUUUUCACAGAUCAUUAGUUUUAGGCAUUAUUAUUGUGUCUGUAAAAGUGUUGCAUUGUUCUUUUGUUUUUACUUAGUUUUUUAUGUCAUUUAAUAAAAAUGUCAUUCCUAGUUGAGUGGUUUUAAGUACUGGACAUUUAUUAAUGAUUUUGUAAUAAUAGACUUGGAAAUUUCUGUGAAUAAUUAGCCAAAGGUACAUGAAUUGUGAAUGUGUAAAUGUAACUAUGCAUGUGGUAAAAAAGGAAGGGUGCAUAACUGCACUUCAGUUUUUGUGAUUCUGUUUGUCCUUGUUGAUUAUCAGAUCAUAGGAUUUUUUAUAUCUGCCAAAUUGUUGACAAGGGUUUGAAUUUUAUUGUUUUCAUAAUACUUUAAGGAUUUAAAAAAAAAACUUACGAAGUAUGAUAAUCAGUGGUUAUUUAACUUGCUGGUUUAGUUAGAAGCUUAUAUAUUGUGUAGCUGCUACCCUGCCAGUUUACUGUUUUUGUGGUUUCCCUGUAACCGUUUAUGUAGCUGAAACCCACUAAGCAAAAUGAUUUUCUUUUAUAAUAUGGCGAAAGGAUGGAGUCUAAGAUGUACAAAUAAAAGAAUACUUGGCGCUGACCUGUUUGGUCAGAACACAAGAUCUCACUUGUCCGGGGCAAGGACUGAUCUCGUAAACUAAUGUAAGCCGUGUCUUUCAUACAAAAAAUUGUCUUCACUAAUACAUAGUGUAGUAUUGUAAAUACUAACAAUGUGGAAAAUGAAGUUGUCAUAACUAAAGAAAUAAUACUCUUGAGAGAGAAGACUUCUCCUUGGCUGUUAUUGUGCUCUCUGUGCAAAUUGUGCGUGUCAAACUAGCAUUUUGUUAUUUUUGCAGUCUUUGUCUGCAUUAUCUGUUUUGUUGCAAUGCAAUAUCUGAAAAAUUAUUCAUGUAAAGCUUUAUGUGUAGUAGCUUUAUGAUAGCUGGAAAAACACAGAGGCAAAGCACUUAAGAAUUUACUGUAAUAAAUAUGUCAUCAAUCUGAAGGUUGGUUUGACCUUGUUACUGCUUUACAAGGCAUGUUCUCUUUGUCAAUUGUAGGUAUUUGUAGCUGUACCUACAGUUGACUCGGAAUUCACACUGUGUUGUUACGGGAUUUUCUCACAUACAUUAUUAAUUAAGAGCCCAGAAAGUCAUGUCAACUGUUUGGGGAAAAAAAGGAAAAGGAAAAAACCAUGAAUAAGCAGUGCCAACCACAGAUCACUGUAUUUUGUACCAUUACCCGCAGAAUCAUUGCAUUUCAUAACUGGUCCAAUGUUCUGUUCCUGAAAACUUUUCACAAAUAUUGUACCCAAGAUUCAUCUUUAUUUCAAGAAACUUAUUAGUACAAAAUGAUAAUUUGAGAGCAGUUUCAGAACUGUGCAGUUUCUUAAUAUGAGCUACUCAGAACGUGUUUACUCACUGGGUAUAUAUUAAAUAUAAUGAAACACCUACCUUUUCAUUUUUGCACAACACUCUUCACAGCAGUGCAUAUUUCCAUCUAUAGGAGUAAAGUUUUGUAGGCGCAAUGCUGUCAUAUUUUUGUCUAUAGCUUUAAAUUUUUCUAAUAAUUUUUGACAUCAUUAUGGAACACACUGAUCAUUCUUAAAAAAUUAAUUAAAAGCAGUCCAAAGCACAAUAAGUUUUUAUCUGUCAUUCUGGUUACCACUUUUGGUCUUUAAAAUCGUCCUCAGACCAAACUCUGUGAAAUAUAUAAAAUUUACAAUGGGUCGUGUAUGACAUAUGCUUAGCAACAUUAGUUACGAUACAAAAUGAUGAUGAGAGGAGCCAGUACAUGUAGCUGCAGUGUAGAACUACCAGAAUCUUCACUAACUGCUAAUUCUGUAGCAGAGGCUAGGGGUCAUGAUAAUGUAGCCACAGCCACCAUUACUCAAGUGAUACUUAAUUUUUUUUUAAAAAAAAAAAAAGUAAAAUCCACAAAUUGCAUGUGUGUAAAGAGGAAACUCUCAUACAGUACAUGAAAAUGUAACAGAAUGUUGGUUAGAAUCUACUAACACAUUUGAAAAAUGUUUAAAAGGCUGAUAGCAACAGCCAUAAUAUUCAAAAACUGCACUCUUGUCAAGUACUUGACUGAGCUAUUAGCACACUCACUGCCUUGAAAAUUGUUAGGAAAUUGUUACUGUAUGUCUGUUGGAAUGACACUAGUGCCACAAGUGGAAAAAAGCCAUCUGUAAGGUUGGCGAGGCAGUAAAUUUGUCCACAGGGCAGGGGUGCUGCCGGUGACAGUACUACAUCAGUCAGGCAGAAAAAUUUAGCCCAAUAUGGGCGGAUGGGGUGGGGGAAUAUUGGGCAAUGAAACUGUCAUGUAAUGUACUGUUUCAUACAUCCCCGGUUCCUUAGGAAACUAAAGAAAGACAAAUGUGGUGUCAUUUGUUAGUUAGAACUGAUGUUAUAAAAACAGUGUUGGAAAUCAUUAUAAAUGAUAUUAUUUUCUGACUCAUCCAAUAAUGUAUUCAGAAGUGUAGCUUUCUGUUCACUAGGAGUGCUGAAGUUGCAGUUUAUAACAAAAAUGAGCAGGAGUGUCAUGACUUUAGACUGUGGCUGUUAGAUAGUGUUAUCGUUGCCAUGGUGACCAGCACAUAUCUUCUUCACUACGCAAUGAUCUUCUGUGCUAAGCAAGGGCUAUAUUGUGUAGAACACCAACAUUUGCCAUGGAGAUGCCAGUAGCUUGUGCUGCCAGCCUAGUUGUAGCUUCUCCUACUGGUGCGCAAAUUUAGCUUUAUAUAGUAUCCAGUCACAAUCUGUCCAUUUACAUACAUAUGCAACCUGCUUGUUAAAAUUACCAAAAACAGUUGAAAACAUAUUGCAAUAAAAUAUAAUAAGAGCUUGGAUGAAACAUUGCUAUCUGUCACAUAGUUAACUGAACUAUUAUGUUGCUUAGGUGACUGGCACAGAAAGUCCUUUCUAUUGAGCAUCAAAUACAUUAAGCAGAACACAAAAGUUUGCCACAAUGCAAUCCAAGAAUUGGUUUUGCCAGAGAUUGAGAAACAGCAGUUCACGUACAAGGGAAUUCGGUCAGUUGACCUGAGUGGGAGGGAGACUUGCUGUUCCAUCUGCUAACUGAAAGUCUUGUGUCAAUCUUAGCUUAACAGAGCCUUGGAGCCUGUAACUUUUGACUUCUGCUGAAUUUUGCCCACUGAUAUUUCUCCUCUGUAUGCUAGGGCCAUAAGUUUUAUUUUGCAUUCUCCUUUGAUCUCACAUGUCCCUGACAUGAUAAUAUGUCAGAGGGCUUCACGUUGCAUCCCUCUGGCCAGACAUGUCUGGCCUUCAGAGCAUUCUUUGGCAUCACCAAAGUUUUGUCUUUACUUUCAGUAUUGUUUAUAGCAUUUGCCUUUUAGCAAUGAAGAUGCAAAUAAGCUAGUGUAGCGGAUCUAUUUGUUAACUGUAUUGAAUGUAAAUUUUUUGAAGAAACUCUGGAAAUUAGAGCCAAAACUAUUUGCUAUAAAAGAUACAUUAAUGAUACUAGAGUAGUUUAUAAAGGCACUAAAGAGGAAAUCAGUAAAAUUACACUAGAUCGUAUGCAUCCUAAGAUGCAGUUCAUGGUCGAUCACAAAUAAGUAGUAAUUAGCUAAUUUCCUGGACUUGUCAAUUAUAGAUAAUAAAUGUUACCAUCAGUUCAGCAUUUUUAGAAAAUCUAAACCUAUAGAUGUGGUUAUUAAUGCAAAAUCAUGUUACCCUUUAAAUACAUAAAGCAUUCUUACAUUUAUUGUUCAUAAAAUUUUAAAGUUACCUAUGGAUCCUGUAGAAAUCGAAAGGGAGAUGCUAAUUUUGAAGAAAAUUAUGAGAUACAAUAACUGCAGUACUGAAGUGGAUGCCAUUCUACGUGGGCUAAAACAGAGACUUUAAAAAUGUCAACUAUAGAAAUACCCCGUUUUGUCAGUACUACAUAUAUGGGCAGUGUUUCAGACAAGAUAGGUCAUUUAUUUCAAAAUAGAAAUACCACCAGGAAUAUUUUUAAAGAUGAAACCGAAACACACUGUAGAUAACCACUGUAACAGAUUUUACCAGUCCAGUGUUUACAGAAUUAAAUGUAAUGUCUGGGAAAAACAAUAUGGAGGACAAACAGGCUGAUUUAAAUAAUGUACCACAGGAGUAGCAAGCAGUAAAUUUGUAUUUGGACAGCACUUUUAAGUAGCGAGUACCUACGUGACAGUGUAAAAAUGUUUCAUAAUGCUCUGAAAAGUUAAUUAUUAGAUGCACUAGAAGAAAUAUAAAUUUACAGCCACCACAAGAGUUCACCUCAAGGAAAAACAUUUCUAUGGCUAACUAAAUGAACUGUUGUAAUUCGCCAAACUGCUCUUCUGUUUUUACAUUUUUAACAUCUUUUGUAAUGCAGAUAAUAUGGCAUACUUAAAAGAACACAGUUUUUAAAUAGAUUCUAAAUGACAGAUGUGUACGCACAGUAGUCAGGAUUUAUAAUGAGUUUCUGUUUUAUUAGAUUUGUAGGAAAUAGAUACAAGUAAAUAAUAUAACACUUGUAAUUGUUUGUUAUCAACACACUGUAUUUGAAUGAUUUGAUUAGUAAGAUAUUAUAUUUUAUCGUAGUAUGUUUUAAAUGAGUUUAGAUAAUAUUAAUGUAGCAAAUUGUCCUUGAAAACGAGUAGAAAGGUUGUGGUUAAACAUUACAGUGGCAAGACGUCUCCGAACACAGAGUACUGGACAUUGGACAACACUGCAUAGGCCUAUCAGUGAAGGAAGCUACACUUAUGACAAUAACACUAGUUUAUCUGUAUUUCCAUGGCAUCUGUUAGAAGACUGCUUAACAUAUUCAUUGCUCAACAAAAAGGGCUUUCUUUGUCAGUUACCAUGAGAGCCUAAACACAGCCUAAUAGUUCAGUUAACUAUGUGACAGAUUGCAGUGUUUAGUUGGUGCCGUUAUUAUAUUUUAUUGAAAUGUGUAUUCAGUUGGUUUAAUAAGCAAACUGUGUAUGUAAGUGAACAGGUUUUGAAUAGACACUGUGUAACACUUGAGUAUUGGGUGGCAGUACAAGCUGAGUGGUGUGUCUGUGGUAACCAUCUGCAUCUUGCACAUCACCACAUUUGUGUAGCUGGAAAGAUCUGUGCUAACGACCACGGCAUGGGAUAGACAAUCAAACAGCUCAGUCAAAUGUGUGACGGGGGGCAGUUUUUAAUACUCUAGCUGUUGCUAUCUCCUUCAAAAUGUAUUAGUAGAUUAUAAGCAAUAUUCUAUUACAUUUUUUGUACAAUACUAGCCUUUUCUUGUUAAAUAUAUGCUGUUUGUGAAUUUUGAUCAUUUUUACUAGGGGUCUUGUGAGGAAUGAUGAGUGGAGUUACCCUAGCCUUUGCUAGUUAGUUAGCAGUUAGUGACAGGUACCAAUCAGUUCCACAUACUGGCUCUGUGCACUGGCUCCUCAUGUCAUCUGGGCAACACCAAUGAUUUUGCAUCAUAACUGAUGUUGCUUUUAACGUUAGUUUUCAAGGUUAUUAAGCAUGUGUCAUACAUGACCACUUGUAAAUUUUAUAUAUUUCAUGAUGAUGGUCUGAAAGACAACAACCAGAAUUACAAAUAAUUUAUUGCAACCUGGACAGCUUUUUAUUAAAAUUUUAAGUUUUUCAUCAUUUGCUACAACAAUAUUCAGCAGUGAAAAGUAACUCUUUCGCAUUUAUUCCCCUACACAGAGCAAAUAGAGGUCAGGUCUGAGUGGUAAAGUGGGGGGAGCAUCUGUACAAGAAUUUAUUGUGUGAAGUUCAGAGUGAUCAUAUGCUGUUUGUACUGAGGGGUUGCCAUAAUGGUAAGGAAAAAAGUUUCUGUGAUUAAAUCAAACAAUGGAAGCUCCAGGUAGGAAUAUCAGCUAUGAAGGAAAAGACAGGUUGCUACUUACUGUAAAGAAGACACACAGACAGGCACAAUUAAGACAUGCAUACAGCUUUUGGCACAGCCUUAGUCAGUAAAUGAAGCGCGCACACACACACACACACACACACACACACACACACACACACACACACACACACACACACACGACCACCAACUUCAGCAUCUUGGGCUGGUGUUCCGGACUGAGAUGCUGGAGUUGGCAGUCGUGUGUGCAUGUGGUGUUCUUGUCUGCUUUAUGGUAAGUAGCAAUCUGUGUUUUCCUACAUUGUUAAGUUUCUGUGAUUAUUCAGCCAAGUGCCAUUAAAACUUUCUUCCCCCUCUACAUUUUAAGAGGUUAAUUGUCAUCACAAAAGACUGAAACUAAUAACUGAAAUUCUGUACAUUAUUCUAAUAGUCUGCAUUUCAUCUUCAGACAAAUUAUCACAAAAUCAUGGAACAUUCCCUUUAUUAAAUCAUGUAAACAUUUUAUGAUACCAUUCCAAUUGGAGAACUUUGUGAUGACCUGAGUAUGUAAUUUUGCAAACCUGCUUUGUGAAAUAAUGGAGGAUGCCUAAAUUUGUUGACAUGUUACCUGGUAAGUUCCCUGCGCAUGCUAUGAGCAAAUCCAAUGUUUUCUGUCAUGAGAAACUGAACAGACUCUGGGCAGAUAAUCUAGUUAGAAUGUUAGGGCAGAGCAUGAGUGAAGUUAUUCACUCAAAUCAACUGAAGUGGCAGGCUAGUUUAUCUGGGUUCCAUUCCCCAAAGUAGUUGUAGUUUCCCUUGCUUAUCAGGCAAAAGGCAGUCUCCAGCCAAAUAUUUACAGUUGGGAAGUCCUUUCUACCACUCAGUUUGCUGGUAUUUGCUUGAGAAGAACAAAGUUCUACAACAGUCUAUCCUACCCACUUCAGUAGGGACAAGAAAAGAGAAUGAUGUAUUGAAAGAUAUUGCUAAUGGAGGAAAUAUGUACUCCUUCUUCAGUAUCAGCACGAGUGUGCUCUUCUAAAUGGAUAAGUGCUUCUUCUUGUGACAGUAUAAAUAUCUAUCCUGCACAUUAAUAGCUAAUUUCAUUUCAGAUGUAAUAGAUAUUUUGUAAUGCCAGUGCUACUAUUGUAAUUUUAUUUAUGAUAACUGUCUUCCAGAUCCCCAGCUACCUUAAUGUUACUCAUAUAUUAAACCAGUUGGUACCUGGAUUUUAUAAAGUAUGCAAUAUUGUAAUAGCUACAGUUUUCAGCAGAAACAACAUGCAAAACAUUGAAACAGAUGAGCACGUAGAAGGCACGUAUUUGUUAUGUUUUAAUAUUGAGCACCAAUGAUGUUAGUGUAAUGCAUUCUCAGAUGAAUACAGUGCAGCUAGUGUGUAAGCAAUCUUUUAAACAUUUGUUUGUACUUGCUGCUUUUGCAUUUUAUCCUUUAAACAAUAUAUUUUAGAUCUUUUUUUUUUAAUAUUCUUGUACAGAAAUAUAAUACUCUUUUCUUUUAUGUUGUAUACUAGUUACAUUUUGUAUAUUAAUAGCAAUUUAUUUAGUAUGCCUACCCAUGUUUGCAAAUAUUCCUGUAGAUGAUGCUCAUGAUGACAGUCUGUUAUAUGCCAUGAAGUCUGUCAUUUGCUUCUUGUAAUCUAACUACUUUCUUAACAUGUUUUUCAAGAAUCACGCGAGAGAACUGUCCUACAGGAAUAGUUUUGCAUGAGACAUGUAAUAAGAAGAAAAUAUAAUGCUUUUAUAGUUUAGUCUUGCUUCAUUAUAUGACAGAGAUCUCAUAUUUAAAGGUACAGUGUGAUCUCAAAAACAUUAGCCUCAAUAAGUGAUCUCAAGCAGUCAUGUCCGUUGGCAUUUCAUUAAUUACAUGUUAUUGUGCACUGCCACAGCCUCUUCAGUUUCAUUUGUUAAGUUUCCUUAUAUUGUGUAGUAUACAAAUUUAUAGCUCUCAUUUUAUUAAAGAUGUGUUAGUUGUAUUGCUAUGUAUUCUGAUUUUGCUCAGACCUUGCAUCUGUGGUUUACUGUUGGAACAACAAAAGAAAGUAAAACAUUGUCACAGCAGAAACAUUGUUAAACUCUCCCUUCACUGUAGUGCUUAGUAUCCUGCUCAAGAUAGCUCCCAAAAUAAUUUUUAAAAUGUUCUCUUACUUUCAUCCUUCGUAAAUAAGAAAUUAAAUCUGUGCAGUAUAGCAAACAGAAAACUGUUGAUAGCAUCAAAAACAGUGCAGCAUAUAACCCGAAAUAUUCCUCUACUAAAAACCAGAAAUUCUCGCCUUUGUAGCACAAAAGGCAGGGAAGAGGUGAUGUGAAAUGAAACAGAGGGGGGAAAAAAGGGUAGGUCAUUGAGAAUUCCAAUUCAAAGUAAAUUAUAUAAAGGAAGAAAUAACAGCCAUACCAUUAUAUGUUUUCUGUAGUUUCCUGGAACCUUCUGUUUGUCCAAAACAUGAGGUUUUCAAUGUCUCAUCCUUCCUCAUCAAAAUGCCAGCUACAAUUUAAAACUAACAGUGGGAUGUUCUGUGCAUCUUUUUAUGUCUCCAAAAAUAAUAUGUCUUCUUGUGGGAAGCAACAUUGCUGCAGAGAUUCCCAUGAACUGAAAUACUCAUGGCUGUUUCAAUGCAUGUGAUGUUUUCUGGAAAUUUAAGCAGCUUGUGCAAGGGAGAGUUUGAGUGUUUAGAUAGUUAUUUUUCAAGAUCUUGUAAUUAUAAAAAUUCUUUGUGGUAGUGUCUUGAUAGAAAUAAAGAAAGACCCUCACGCUCCUUUUCUACUUAAGGUAAAACAUAAGUUGGUGUUGGGUAUGAGUACACCAAAGACAAGCCUUUCAAAAACAUCCCAGGUGCAUUUUGUGAUACAGAGUAUGUACUAAUAUUUUGAUAUGUUGUUGUUCUAAAUCGUUGAGUAUUAACUUUUUAACUAUAUAUUUUUGAUACGUUAAUGAUGUAUUUCUUACAUUUUAUACUCUACAAUAGCUUAUGUUGGAUUUUAUCAAUAAAAUAUAUGCUUUUUU